GGAAAACAAGUACAGAGGUAAAGAACGCCAUGUUGACACGACAACGCCAACUGGGAGGCCAAAUAGCACCUGGGAUAACGUUAUUCCCUGUGUUUUUAUUACGUUGUCACAAUCAACGAUCAAUCGACUCAAGCAACUUUUCCGAAGAAAAAAAGAUGAGGUCGAAACAGCUGAUCAAUUAUACUUUAACUGCCAUACUUUGCCAAUUUCAACGACGACAAUUUAUCGGUUAACUACUUUCCCAUCGUUUCUUCAGAACAGUUAACUAAUUAAUUCAGUUAAUUUUGUGGGUGUGUGUGUGUGGUGACCGUUGCUGAAAUGUCGCAAGUGGAAAAAAACAAUCCAAGCGAUUGUCUUUUGCUAAAGGUGGGCCUGUUUUUUCAGGCUAACUUAGCAACAUUAGCUUGUUUGCUAACAUUAGCGACUAAUGCCAUUGGCAGAGAGCGAGAGAGAAGCUAAGCUAAUGAUGGCUAAUGGCUAGCGGUUUCGUUGAAUGUAAUUUGCAAUUCGUCGACGUUUCCAGUCUCCGCAUCGCUUAAUUAAUAUAACGUUAAGUAACGACGUAAAACAACUUCUAAGGUUGUUUGACUAAUAUGCGUUUUUAAUUUAACCAAAACCCAUUCAACUGUAAUCGUCCAGUUGGCGGUGCGAAGCAACUUGUCGCUCCAUUAGCUCUACGCAAUUAAAAUUGUACUUGAGUCGUCGUUUUUCUAGUUGUAAAUAACUCUCGUAAGAAAGCUUAAUGUAGCUCCCGAAUACCCUUAGACACCUGGGAGCUCUCCCUCUCAAGACUUGAAGGCCAGAAGAUGGAGAGCUGGAGGAGGGUGAGCUGGAAGACGACGGGGGAGACGUCGAGGCCGAGGAGAUGGGUGGAGGUGCGUCUGCAGCAGUGGCAGGAGGAGGAGGAGAUGGGGGUGAUGAAGCAGGAGGAGGAGGUGAGGCGGGAGGAGACGGGGCGGUGGAGAGGCCUCGGCGAAGUCGGGAACGCCACGCCAGCAGCGACUCGGACGAGGAGAGAGCCCACCGUCGCAAGAGGAAGCGGAAGAAAGAGAGGGAGCGGGAACGGGAAAAGAGGAGGUCCAAGAAGAAACGCAAAUCCAAACACAAACGUCAUGCGUCCUCAGAUGACGACCACUCAGACUACAGUGACGACUCUGACUACAGUCCCAGUGAGAAGAGGAAAUACAGAGAAUACAGCCCCCAGUACCCCCCGUCUUCUCAUGGGGGCUACGGCGGCUCAAAGAAGGGCUACAUGAAGAUGGACAAACAGAGCUACGGAGGCUACGACGACUACGACGAGGACAACUACGAGGGAGAGGAGGACGAGGACGUGGGGGACGAAGACUACGACGACUUCACCAAGGAGCUGAACCAGUAUCGCAAAGCCAAGGAGGGAGGCGGCCGCGGCGGGCGAGGGGUCAGGGGUCGCAUGAAGAGCCAGCGAGGCCGUGGAGGAAUGAGGGGAGGGAGGCGAGGAAGAGGAGGAGGCAGAGGAAGAGGAGGCCGAGGUGGGGGAGGAAAGAUGGGAGGAGACAACGACGAUGGAGACGGCUACGGAGACGACAUGGAGUACGGGGAGGACGACUACGACAACAUGGGGGAUGACGACUACGACGACUACUCAAAGGAGCUCAAUCAGUACAAGAAGUCCAAAGACAGAGGCAGAGGAGGUAAAGGAGGCCGCGGGCGAGGCCGAGGUAAAGGAGGACGGGGUAUGAUCAGAGGGGGAAAGGGUCGAAACAGAGGGAGAGGAAGAGGUGACAUGGGGAACGACGACGACAACAACGGAGACCUGGACAACGGGGAUGGUCUUGGUGAUGGAAUGGGGAGGAGGAACCAGAAUGAAAAGCACCAGGACAAGAAAGGAAAGGCCAUCUGCAAGUACUACAUCGAGGGCAGAUGCACCUGGGGGGACCACUGCAACUUCAGCCACGACAUCGAGCUGCCAAAGAAGAAGGAGCUUUGCAAGUUCUACAUCACUGGAUUCUGCGCCCGAGCUGACCACUGUCCUUACAUGCAUGGUGAAUUCCCCUGUAAGCUGUUCCACACCACGGGGAAAUGUGUCAACGGUGACGAGUGUAUGUUCUCCCACGAAGACCUCAAUGAUGACACUCAGGAGCUGCUCAACAAGAUGUUGGCAGAGGAUGCAGAGGCUGGAGCUGAGGAUGAGAAGGAGGUGGAGGAGCUGAAGAAGCAGGGCAUCAACCCUCUCCCUAAACCGCCUCCUGGAGUUGGCCUUCUCCCCACCCCUCCUCGGCCUGUUCCUGUAGACGCCAACACAGGGGCUGGGGAUUUCGGAGGGCCUCCUCCUAGUGACUUUGGGGGUCUUCCUGGACCGAAUCAGGGGCCAAUUCCUGGCAAAGGACCACCGGGACCUGGGCCUAUGCCUGGGCCGAACCCCUGUGCUGUUCCGCCUGUCCAUGGUCCUGAUGGAACUCCCUUCCCAGGUGGUCCCCCAAAUCCCAAUGUCCCUCCUCCCCACAUGGGUCCUCCACCUCCUGGUGGAGGAGGAGGAGGAGGAGGCAUGGGGAAGAAGAUCCCCUCAUUGUUUGAGAUUAAAGUUCAGCCGACGGGACAGCUGGCUCAGAAACUGGCAGUUAGAAGCCAGACCCCCAGUGGGAACCAGGGUCAGUCCACACCACCUGGACCCCAAGGACCCCCUGGUGCCCUGCCAGCCCGCUUCCCUGCCCCUCCAGGCAUGAUGUCCCCUGACAUGCAGAACAUGGGCCCUCCACCCAACAUGGGUCCUGGCGGACCACCCAUGAUGGGAGGCUUUGCGCCUGGUGAAGGUCCUCCACAUGGAGGUGCUCUGCCUCCAGGUCCUCCUCAGAGUGGAAACUUCUUCAAUAACUUCUACAAUCAGCAGGAGGGCAUGAAGAUGGAGGGAGUGGUGCAAGAAGGCGACAACUACCAGGGGUUUUCUGGAAUGGACGAGAGAUCAGGAACAGGGAAGUUUGGAAAUCAGUCGGGUGGCCAAGAAGGUUCAGCUAACGGAGCCUCGGCCGGUCAGGGAGGGAUUUCUGUUCCUGACUUUCUGCCUCCAGCCCAACGUGUUCUCUUCAUGAGGAUCCAACAGAAGCAGCAGGAGGAAGAGGAGCGAGCUCGCAGGAUGGCCGAGGGAGGAGCAGAAAAGACGAAAGACACUGAAGGUGACUCAGGGAACUGGUACUCCAGUGAGGAUGAGGAUGGUGGAGGUAGUGUAACUUCCAUCUUGAAGACGCUCCGUCAUAAGACUCAAACUCCUCAAAAGCCGGACAGCCUUCCAAGUGACCCUCGGCUCCAAAAGUCUUCUCCUGCCGUCCCCCCGGCUCGUCCAGCAGACCCUCGCUUGAUCCGGGACCCCCGUCUGGCACGUGCUGCUGAGUCGACUCAAAUAUCCGACCAUUUGGCCGCUCCGUCUUCCUCCGGACCGCCUGCAGACCCCAGGUUAGCCAGGCUAGCCGCCGCCUCAGCAGGAGCAACCUCCCACUCAUCUUCUGCUCCUAAACCUGAACCUCCUCUGGUCUACAAGCCCCCGCCUCUUACAACCCCAGCAGCAGAUGAGGAGGAGACGGAGCGGGUUCUACGGGACAAACCGGUGCCGAUUCCUCUGGACCCCCUCAUGGGCAUGGCUCUGAGAGACCCGCGCUCCCAGCUGCAGCAGUUCAGCCACAUCAAGAAGGACAUCGUUCUCCACAUGCCGGCCUUCGCUAAAACCAUCACCUGGUCACCUGAAGACCUCCUCCCACUCCCCAUCCCCAAGCAGGACCUCCUUCCCCUCCCUCCAGGCAUUCCCCCCGUGUCCUCUCUGGACUCUCGUCGAACUCAGCAGUCGCUCCAGACGUCACUCCCUCACUCACAGCCUCCUCCCAUCCAGCCUCCUCCCUCCUUGGACCCUCCCGCUGCCUCCUCCUCCACCUCGACCAUCCCAGACUUUGAGCUCCUGUCCCGCAUCCUCAAAACCGUCAACUCCGGCUCAUCGCAGACGCCUUCCCCUCCUCACCUAUCCACUCCUGCUGCACCUUUGUCGCUGCUGAGUCAGCCUCCCUCCAUGCCUCCUGCACCUUCAGAAAAGCCUGUCGACCCCCGCAUGUCCCGUAAAGAUCCCCGUCUCCAGCCACAGAAGUCAGCACUGAAGCAGCCCUCAGAACCUUUACCUCCUCCUCUUCCUUCCACAUCUCCAGCAGCAGCUUCUGGCUCCUCUCCGCCUGGCAUCGCCCCCUACGACCCUCGACUGCUCUCCUCUGGUGGUUCAGGGCGCAGUGUGGGUCCCGGGGCACCAGGGGGAGCCAGCGUGCUGAGCGGCAUCAGCCUCUAUGACCCUCGGACUAACAAACCUGGCAGCCCUAAUGCCGGCAGCGGCUCCAACAACUCCCCCAACUCAGCCGCCAGCACAGAGUCCAAACCCAGCGAGCCCACGACCAGCAAGCCCAAGUCCAAGGAGCCCCUGUUCGUUCGGAAGUCCGCGUUGGACCAGCCGGAACCAGAGAAAAGUGGCGAGCAAGGAACCGAUCGAUACAACAGCUACAACAGGCCCCGACCUAAGCCUGCACCCUCGCCUAACUCCACGGCACAGGGAGGAGCGGCUGCAGCCGGGGGGGCCACAGCUGGAGGUCUGGGCGCUCCCGGAGCCGCCGGAGAUCAGGGGCCUGCGGGGGUCCACAACCUGCCGGUGUCCUCCCUGUUCGGCGUGGUGAAGCAGGCGGCCAAACCUGGCGGGACGAGCAGCCCCUUCGGAGGAAGCAGCCCGGCGCAGUCGGAGCAGGCGGCCGCGGAGCAGGACAACGCCUCCCUGAAGGACGUUUUCAAAGGCUUCGACCCCACAGCGUCGCCUUUCUGCCAGUGACACUCGUCCUGGAGCCCUGAAGCCCAGGACCUGCUUUGGUUUUGGGCCGUUUUAAUACGUUUUGGACGCUGAACAGAUCAGUGAAAAACGGAAAAGCGCACGGCGGCGCCUGCCUGUAAGACUGGUUAGGACGAACCUUCGUGAACAAAACACACACACUUUCCCACAGUGUUGCAGAUGCAGAUUCUAUAAGAGACUUUGGGGUAAUGGGGAGGGUUUAAAGUGAGAUCUCUAUUUUAAACAGACUUAUUGGUGUAUAAAUAGAUGUAUUCUCUUCAUCUCAGUGCUUGGUGAAAACAAUUAUCCAGACAGCGACGAUACGCGUUUAUAUGGAAUGCACAUUUUAGCUUCACAUCUUGUUUCAGUCUCUUUUCUCUUCGGUUUCUCUUUAUUUUUUUGUCAGUCUUCUCAUCUUUGCACCGUUUGACGUGCUCGUACUACGUGUUUUUGGGCAGUUGCAGUCGGCGGUGCGAUAAAUGAAAAGAUAGAUUUCUUCUUAACACAUUUGUGGUGUUUCUGUGGUGAAAUCGCACUGAAAUUAGCACAUCGCAAACAAACAUGUAAACACAUCACUGCCUUCUCUGUCUCUGUUUUCCCUUUACGACCCGUUCUCCAGCGAAAUCACACAUUUAGUUUCUGUUUACAUCACGUUUUCUGCAGAAACUGUUUCAAAUAUCUGAAUAUAAAUCUAUAUUCUGCCUGAUCUGGUUUUUUUUUAGUAUUUAUUUUUCUACUUCUUCUUUGCACUGUCAGCUUAUGUUCUCUGAGGCUUGUAUUGAUAUUUUUAACAUCUGUAGCUCCUCCUGCUGUUCCCAUACAGAUUCCUUUCAGGUAUUUACCAGAACAGGUGACUUUGCUGUUCCUCUGUAACCACUACACCCUUUUUUCCCCCAUUCUACACGUUUUGCCUUCAGUAGUCUUGUUACUAUGAAGAGAAAAGACUUUCAAGUGAACAUUUUGUUUUAUCGCUGUGCAAAAGUGGAGAUUUCUGCAACUUUAAGGUGGAAAAGAUAAAGAGCAGACGGAGCUGAUUUUCUGAAGCGUUUGUCGCAAGGUCUGCCGCAUCUGCAGCCAAAAAAAUCGAACCUGGUUUGAUUUUUCACGAUCAGAAUUGAGCUCUGAUUAACCGGAGGACUUUAAAGCCAUCGUGUAAAUCAUUGCUUUUAAUUUUUUUUUGAUAUUAUUAACCGCUUUGUUAAGAAUGGAAAGGAAUCCUACUGGAUGAGACUGCAGAUUUCUGAGAGCAGGUUGGAGGAACAGGACAAUUCGCCGCCCUGCUGCAUCAAUUUUCAAGCUUUUCGCUCAAGCGUUAGGUGGCACUGUGACAAUCAGAAAUGACCCACGGACCUAAAAUUCACAUCAAGUAUUGAGCUGUGCAGGGGCGCCCUCUGCUGACAGAGAGAACCAUGUCAUUAAAAUGCACUCAACUAAAUAUUUUUCAGUUUCAGGCUCACAUUUUAAGUAGAAAUGUUCUGUUGCUGUGGAUUCAGUUUGUACGAGUUGAAGUGGAGGAGCGGUUGUUUCCGUUUAGUGGGACUCGGCGGCGGUUUCAUCGUCAGGUGUGUUUGAGAAUCUGUAAAUGUGGACGUCACAGCAGUGGAAGUUGCAGAACUUCUUUCCCCCCCCACUUCCAGGAGGUUAAGAUUGUACAACAGCUCUCAGGAUCGUCGUCGACCGUCUCGUGUUAAAAAUGUUGAUCAUUUUAAUUUAUUUUUUAUACUCGGGUAAAUAUGCUUCCUCACUUUGUCAUUUUUGAACUGAGUAAUUUUGUAUGUCAGGAUAUGUGAAUACCACUCACCUCAGUGGGAUGAAGGCGGUCUGUAACGGAGAGGAGAGGAGAGAGGCUUCUUUUGGUUUCUGUGUGUGAAGAUUGAGACUAACAAAGAAUUCCCUAUUUGCUCCCUCCUGGCCAGCCUUUGAAAAGCCUGGCGGGAGGCUGAGUGCCAGCGUGAAAGUUUGUCCUUUCCUUUACGGCUUUUUGUUGUUUUGUAUAUUUGUUUUAAGUUUAUUUUCUCACUCUGUAAAUUUGACCAGUAUCUUUCCUGUCUUUGGAGGAGUUUUCUAACUGUACACUGUAGGUGAGGCUGUAAGUAUUUAAAUAAAGUUGACAUGUGUUCAACCAGUUAA